AACGGGGAAGGCUUAUAAAAAGCAGGGACACUCUGACCAUCCAAGACACACCAUUUUUUUUUUCUGCGCAGAGACAGAAAAGAGGAAAAGAAGUCAAGAUGAGACUGUAUCUUGCAGCUGCCGUGCUGUUGCUGGCUCUUGUCGCAUACACAGAGGCUCAGGAUGACUCACUUGCAGAAAAGUUCUCAAACUUUGGGGAUCAGAUCACAGAGUUCGGCAAGAAUGUAGCUGAAAAAGCCAAGACGCAUUUUGACACCAUUGCGACCAGUGAAUUUGCAGAGAACACCAGGAAUUGGUUCUCAGAGAAGUUCCGUGCGCUUCAGAACAAGGUAAAUGAAAUGGCCAGUCAAUGACCUGCCCUCUGUUCCCGACGCCCACACUGACAGAUGACUUGCUUCUACACCAUCUCAAGGCUGAAGUCACGAUGCUCAACAAAAUGGAUGAAACUAACCUAUUUCUGCCAAUUUUUAGUCUGUGAUCUUUUUUUUGGGAAAACUGUGUAAAAGUGCAAUAAAACACAUGGAAUGGAAUAAAAUGUUCUGUUAUAUCAUUAUAUUUCUGUACAAAUAAAGUGAGAACUUCUAAAACAACAA